AUGUCCAAGGAUAAUAUGUACCGUAUGCUUGUCCUCCUAGAGGAAGAAAUGGAAGAACCCGAACUUUUUGAUAAUGACACUACCGAUAGUAAGGCCACUGAACCAAAGAAAACUCAUGAAUUCAUAGAAGAGCUACUUUUGCCAUUCGAAGUUAGCGAACUGGAUGCGUUAAAUAAAUGGUUUGAUAAAUUCGAUGAAGAAAUCUGUAUACCUAACGAAGGUCAUAUUAAAUACGAAAUUAGCAGUGAUGGUUUGAUUGUUUUGCUUUUGGAUAAAGAGAUUGAAAACGUGAUAUCAGAAGUAAAGAAAUUCAUUGAUGAUAAUCAAGAUCUUAAUGAAUCAGAAUGA